AUGAAUCCCAGCAAAGCACCCUCUUCUCGCCUUGUGACCCGAACUCCGCUCCGUUCCGUGCCUAAUCAAAAACGGACACGACGCAAUAUUGCCGAAGAAUUUAUCGAUAAGAAUGGAGGAUUUGGCAUACCCACGCGGUGCCUUCUUCAAAAUGGUAAGGGUUUCAAAUUUUUUUUGCAUUUUGAUUUUAGGAUUUUAGGUAAUUCUUGUCGCGACAAUAACUUCUAUUCUUGCUAGGGUACCCUUUGUCAACAUUCGGAAAGUUUUGAUUCUGAUUUUUAUCACACUGAAGUUUUGUUCCAAAUUUUAAUGUUUCAAAUGAGAGAAUCGAAUUUUUCGGUCGGAUAACAGGUGGUCGAUGAAAAGUAAUUUCUUCUAUCUUUGGUUUAUUUAUUAGAGAUUUAAUCAGUUCAUUUUUUUCAUGUAUGACUAUCAAAAAUGGCUAAAAUUAAUUAAAAUUCUUGCAAAAAUUCCAGAAAUCGAUACUAUUCAUAGAGUUUUAUUAUUUGUCAAGUUUCAUCUUGAUUGAUCCCCAGCUUUUGCUCGUUUUUUUCUAGCAUCUUAGACAACUGUUACAUUUGCAAUGUAGCAUUUUCUCUUAUAGGAAAUGAUGGAAAAGGCUUUCGAAACAAGAGCGCGGUCAAAGGGCGCCGCUCUCUCUUUUUCGCGUGUUCUAUCGCGGCGGAACGGGAGAGCCAGCGGGCGAGAGUUCUCCGGUCUCUUUUCGAAUAUAUACAGAGUGUUCUCUUCGAAUUUGCAUUCAUCUCGGAAGCUUUGCAAACAUUUUUAGAUUGUUUUUGGUAUCAAGUGUAAUAUUGUUGAUAUUUUUUAGGUGUGAAAGACUCGAAACUUCUGCCAAGCCCGUCGCUGGUCUCAAACUACUCAAAUGAAUCUACAGAAGAUGAAGAGGAGUAUUGUUCGUCGUCCGAGCAGCCAUCAACUAGUCGAUGUCCAAAAGAAGAAGGGCAUGAAAAGAAUUGUGGAUUAUGGGAUUGGAGGGCGACCCAAAUUGGAUCGUUCAUGAAGAAAAGGAGGUACAUUGGACUGAAGAAGAAGCUGGAUGCUGCGGGAAGUAGUAAGUUUUGAUAUUAUGUUAUUAAUUUCUAGAUAAGACUUUGUUUUACGGUAAUAUCUUUAUUUUAGGUAAACAAAUUGUUCCCGCUGACUCUGAGAUCUUCCUGAAACCGCAAAUUGUUUCUACAAGAACUAAAAAAUCAAAAUGUAAGUGAUUUUCUUUUUAUUUUCUUGAAUUUUUAGGUAAAGAACUCAAAAUUAUCUAAAUUUAGAUAACCCUCACGAAGAAUGCUUUGUAACUGACAUUUCCCAUCGCUCAAAGCGUGUAGUCCUCUUUCGAAAACGUCGGCAUGCUCAGAUCUCAGGCCAGAUUACCGAUGAAAUGGUUAGGAAAGUCCAAGUCCCGGUGGAGACACUCCCAGAAGAUCGAAUGGAGUUUUCAUAUGAUCUAACACCGUAUCUGAAUGAAGAACGACGAGAUAAUAUUGAUAUUGAUUUGGUCAUGGAGCCAGAUCCAAUAGAGUCGAGCGAAACAAUUGCAGUAAACAGGCUUGAAGAAGAUGUUGUACAAUAUUUUAUGGAUGACAACGAUAAGAAGUUCUUCUUGAGGUUGAAUAAAAACUUGGAUGGAGGGAGCAGCAAUAGAAGAGAUGAAAACAAUAAGAAAGUUGUUGAGCCUUUAACAGUGAAGCUUCGAAAAGUUGAUUUUGCAUAUUUGAUGGGAGUUUUGGAAACGGUCAGCUUUAAGGUAAGAUUUUGACUUAUUUUUGUUAUGUUUAGAUUGAAAUGUCAUCUGGGAUGUCUUAUGGGAGGAUGUUGUCAGGGUUUUAGUCGAUUUUGUUUUAGGAAAUCCACAAUAUUCUCCUUGAAAUCCUCAACGUCCCCAACCAAGCAGAAGGUGACAACGCUUUUUGCGAGGUUUGUCAAUCCGAGACCAGCGAAAAGUCGGAUCCGAUUGUGUUCUGUGAAAGAUGCGAGCUGUCGGUCCAUCAGAAUUGCUUUGGGAUCUUGGAAUUGCCCAAAGACGAAUGGUAUUGCGAUGUGUGCCGGGAAUAUGGAAGGAAAACGGACGUCAGUUGCAGGUAUUGCCCGUUGAGUUACGGCACAAUGAAGCAUACGAUUGACGGGGACUGGGCCCACUUCGCUUGUGCGGUGUGGCAAAAAGAUUUGAGGUUCGAUGAUCUGACGACUUACACUCCGAUAAGCCAUGAAUGGGACAUGAAACCGGAAUCUUUUCUCAAAAUGUAAGUUGAUUUUAGUUUCUGAUUUUAUUGUUUGGCUUUUAGAUGCUCGGUCUGCGAUCUUUGCUAUGGAAGUGUAAUAAAAUGCUCGGUACCCAAUUGUAAACUGGCUUUUCAUUCGACUUGUGGCCUGCGAGGAGGGUUGUUGAUGUUUAUUGAGGAUAAUUUGAACUCCAAAAUUGGCGUCAAGAUGUUUUCUUUUUGUUAUUUGCAUUCGGAACAAGCCAGAAGUGUAGGAAAAGCUCCGGGAAAUAAUGGAGUCGACUUUUUGAUGGGAGAAUUCACAACCGAUGAGAAAAUUGUUGCCUCGGAAUCGUAUAAAGUAAGAGUUCUUUUAUUGAAGGAUAACUUUUUGGAUUUAGAAUCUUAUCCAUGUUGUUUUAGAUGUCAAAAUUGUCGAAAAUUGAAGCCCAAUUUGAUCAGCUGGUAAACUGGCGACAAUUGAGUGAAUGCACGGGAGUUUCGAAGGAAACAAUGAAGGAAAUAUUCGAUUAUUGGGCCGAGAAAAGAAAGAAAAGUGGAAAUCGGAUAAUGGUGAAUCAAACGGAAUUGAAUGAGAUCUACAUCAAGAAGAAAUACAAGAAAGAAAUCAUCAAAAAAUGGGAAAAGGAAGAGCCAAAGGAGGAUAAUGAACAACAGAAUGCUGAAUUGGUCAAAGAAUUCGCUGAAUCUCAUUGGAAAUUGGAUAGGGUGAGAGAUUUAGAGAGAUUUGGGGGGUUUAUAUUGUAGUAGAUAUAGAGAUGGGGGUUUUGGAAAUAAUUUUUGGAUUUUUUUGGUUUUGAAGAGGUAAAAGUUUUGAUGGAUAAUAUUUUUAGUGCCGAAAUCUGUGCACACUGGCCUUGAGAAGAGAGAAAUUGAAGUUGAUGCAACUCGCCGCCCUGAGAGAAGCAAUUGAUUGGGUCCUGGGAAGCUCCAGCGAAGAAUUAAACCACUUUUCAUCAAGAACUAUGGAGAAAUUACUCGGAUUUUGGUCGGAAUUCUCUGGGAAAACGGUCAAACCCCCCAAAAGUCCAAGCAAAAACCGGCCGAAAAAUGAAAAGUCGAAUAAAGCGGAGGAUUUGUUCACGGAUUUACUCGAACAGUUUCCGGAACUUGAUCCACAACUGCUUGACGCUCUCUCCGAAGAAAAUGUUUGA